AUGUGGACACCUUUUGAGGUUGUUCUGUUCUUCUCUUUUCGACGAUGGGGUGGGCCAGUUGGAUAUGUUUAUCAAAAGGCCUACUUGGAGUUCUUCUGUUCUCCACAGAAAUUGAAUGCACUGGUUGAGAAAUGCAAAUCGUUCCCAUUCUUUACCUACAUGGCUGUCAAUAAAGAUGGAACCUGGUUUUUCAGUGUCAACCAAACUGAUGUGAAUGCAGUGACAUGGGGAGUCUUUCCUGCAAAGGAGAUUAUACAACCAACUGUCGUGGAUGCUGCCAGCUUCUUGGUAUGGAAAGAUGAAGCAUUUGAAACAUGGUCAAGAGGAUGGGCGAAGCUCUAUCCAGAAGCAGCACCAAGGCGCUACGUCGUCGAAGAGAGGGGAGGGGAGAUUUACAGAGAGAUGGAAGAGAAGGGAGAAGAGGCGAGAGAGAGAGAGAGAGAGAGGUGA